UUGCUCCUCUAAAAUACAGUCGAGUGGCCAGUGUUAGUAGGAUUGAUAGGUUAAUUGCAAAGCGUUAAACGAUUUAAUGUUUGCCAAUUUGGCGUGGUUCGGUCCGACAGCAGAUUCACCAGUUGUUUCGCGUGUUGAAUUAAAACCUUCCUCGCAGUGAGGGUAUCCAAGCCGAGAGCAGUCUUGUGUUUCCGAAUCCGUUGAUCGUCCGGAGGCCUUUCCUGGCGGAAGCUGUACGAAACACACAUACACACACAUACACACGCAAACACGUACCACCAACGACGGCAGCGGCGGAAUCUUUGAUGUGUGAUCGUGUGUGCGUGCGUGCGACGAGCGGUGCAUAAGUGUUGUAUGUAGGCGGGAAAGCGGAAGCGAGAGUGUAACGCAUAGAAAGAAGACACCGUCUUCUACGACAUCAUCUUCAGCUUUAUUGGCGACACCCCCAUCCUGGUGCGGUGCGUUGGAGUAGAUUGUGACCGAGUGGUGUGUGCGGUGCGCGAUUUUGGGUGUGCGUGAAGGGUGUAUUUAGAGUGCGUUUUGGUUUUUUGUUUUGUUUUCGUUUGUUUUUCCUGCUGUAAUUUCGUGGUUUGUUCGUGGAUCGUGGAUCGGUUGUUGUACAAAAGCAGUGAUAACAAAGCAAAAAUAAGGGCUAGCGGAUCGUUUGGCCGGUGCUGGUAGAUUGUGAUGCAAAAUAGCCCAUUCGUGCUGUAAAUAUUGUUCGCAAAGUAUAUUCAAUAGUGUAUGUGUGUGUGUGCCCGCGCAUUUACACACGACGACGGUCAGCAUCGUCACGCAAGGGGAAGAAAGUGUGGUAACGAUCAGCCAGCAGACCUGCGGAAAAUCGUGUGUCGUUGUAACGGUUAGCAUCCGCCAUCAUCACGGAAGCACCGGGUGUACGUACGGUUCCCCUGCGCCAACGCUUGCAAGGCCCGCGAGGACGACGGUAGCAGGAAUAAGGCUUCCUGCACAACCUCCUUCGAUUCGCACGAUCCCAAUCCUUCCGGACGAAGGAGCAGACGGCACGAGAGGACGCGAACGCGGAAAACGACGACCACAGACCGUUUCACAAUCACAAUCUUCCAGAGGGCUGUUUGCGAAGUGCGGAGUGCUGAUAGAGGAGCUGCUAAGCGAGGACAAGCAGAAACAACCCGAAACGAAACAAAAACCAACCAACAACAGGAUGGAUUGCAAACGGAUUUUGCGCUGCUCGGCACUAGUCGUGCUAGUUUCAGUCACCCUAGUAUAUGCACAAAGCUCAGCAAAAGGUGCACACAAGCGGGAUCUGAACAAUCUGUACCAAGUGAUCUAUUACGGUGACUCGCAGGUCGAGGUCGGCAAACCAUUCUCGAUCUCGUGCAUCAUCAGCAUCGCCAAUUCGGUCGAGUGGCACAAGGACGGUGAACCGAUCCGGAAGCAUAGCAACAUCCGUCACGGCAAGGAUGAGCAUAGUUACAUCGAAAGUGAGAUGGGCAUCGCAGGAAAUCGAGACAAAAUAGAAGCAUCGAUCAGCGUCCAACGAGCACUACCAAAGCAUCAGGGCAAGUACCAGUGUAACGCACUGUACAAAAACUACCAUCAACUGUACGUGUACCGGAACGGAACGCUACUUGGCCAUAGCGGUACAUCUUCAGCGGCAGGCACAGGAUCAUCACGCAAUGUCGAAAAGCAUCAUGACGACAAUAUGCAGGUUAUGUUGAGCACAGUUAAGUCAACUCUGAUUGCUCCACUAUCCGUUGAGCAUCACCAUUUUACGACGGCCGUAGCAUUAGCUCCAGGUCCCGCCAUUAUAGACGAAGAGUUUCCCGGCGGAUCCUUAGAGCGUGAGCACGAACGGGAACGGGAGUCGUCCAAAUCUUCCGCCCACGGUCCGCAUCAUCAUCGACAGCAGACGGGCGUAGGUCAUCGACACCAUACAGGUAGUUCAGCCGAGAAGAAACUAGCUCCUCAGCAGCACGCCGUUUCUCCGGGCAAAGAUGACUCCAAACGUUUCGUGAGCCAAAAAACUACGGGAGAACAGGACUCACUCCUGCCCGAGGAGGUGCUCGAACAAACUGUGGAAGAUUUGGAAGAUUAUGCCCCGGUGAUGCAUACGGAUAAGUCUUUGUCGCUGGGUAAAGCGAAGCAUUCCAGUACCGGUAGAAUGCAACAACCACCUCCACUGAUGGAAACGCGUGACGAUGAGGACGAAGAAUCAUCGCCUGACGGUGUUCGGGAAGCGGAUACACAGGACAUAAUUAAUCUUGAUACGUCGGUCGGUGCAGAAAACAUUGAGGACCUUGUUGAACCGGAUACCGAAAUAGUUAUCGAAAGCAAAGCGAUCUCGCUGGAGGAUGAUAACAUCGAUAGGUUGAUCCAGAACAAGAGCGAUAUUAACGGUAUCAUUCUGGUGGACAGCUUGGAGGAGUUAGCUUCACACAAGAAGCCGCCCAACGAGGAUAGCACUGCUCUUAUCAUACCCGUGCAUCCUACUGUCGGUUCUUUAAUGCGAACCACCAGCAAUGUCUCCAGCAGUUUCCAAGGUUUUUCAGUGGCCGCUAUCGACAGCACCAUUGCAUCGAUGGCAGGCUCCACUGGUAUCCAACAGGCAAAGGAGGAGAACAUUAUUAUCCUCACUAUGAACCACACCACCACUACCGUUGCACCUCCACCACAGGUGGUCGUUGGGGGUGAACAGGAUAAUACGGUUCACCAUCAUCAUCACCAUCAUCACGAACAUCACACUACUACAACUACAGCAAAAGUGACAACCACUCCAACAACAGCUACUACUACCACUAAGACUUCUACCACUAGCAUCACUACCACAACAGCGACGGUGGCAACACUACUCACUACCACAGCUGCCGAUGUUCUGCUGCCUAACUACGACCAAGCCAGCACUAGUUUAAAAAUAUUCGAUAUUGCAAAAUCAGUUACGCUCGGUUGUAACAUUACACAGGAAGGAAAUUUUGAUUUAAGUUGGGCAAAAGACGGUAAGAAUGUAAGUGAGGUCGAAUCGCUAAAAGAUCGCUUUAAGCUACUGCCGGCGGAGCGAAAGCUCAUCAUCAGUCGGGCGUUGGAAACCGAUGCCGGACAGUACACGUGUAGCGUACCACAAUUGGGUGUAUCUAAAAAUUUUAACGUAGUUGCUAAUGUUGUUGUUAAAUUUGAAAGCACAGAAAUAGGCAAAACUAACAUAGUGGAAGGAGAACGAUUGACACUCCACUGCAUAGCUUUCGGAACGGAUCCCAAAAUUUCUUGGAUAGUUGGCAACAAUACUUACAACGCGUCGACAGAUCACAUCGUGCUGGAAGAGGACGAAAGGGGCGUUGAGAAUGCGAAGCUUAUCAUCGAUAGCAUAACGCUAAACGACUAUGCAGAUUACACCUGUGAGGCACGGAAUAAUGCCUCCGACUUCACCGGCAAACCGGCACAGGUUAUGAUUACUGUUAGAGUUAGAGGAAAAUAUGCCGCACUUUACGUUUUCUUGGGUAUUAUUGUGGAAGUUGUUUUACUGUGUGCGAUUAUUUUAAUAUGCGAAAAAAGACGUAACAAGACAGAGAUCGAGGAAAGUGAUACCGACCAGAGUCCCGACCAGAGAAGGCGAAAAACUUCCCGAAAUUACAACUAAUAAUAAGUCUAGUUCUGUAAGACGAUCGAGCUGAUCGGAAUCAUAAAAAUAAUGAUUUGUUGACGAGUAUAUAAGGGGCUCAGUAUUUAAGGAUACUUCAAGUCGAAUGAUUGCGACACGGUCGAUUGUGCUGUGAUUGAAGAACCACAGCCAGAUGAUUAUGCAAGCGAUCAUGUUAAGGCUAAAACAGCAUCUACAGCUUAACAAAACAUACAACACAAAAUCACACGUAUUUACUUUCAACACUCAAGUCACAACCAAACAAUUCAGCGGAUAGAUACCGGUACUUUUGAGAAUAGAGUAAAAUAAAUCCGUUGCGAUGAAACGGGAUGUAGUAAACAAAAAGAAGAAAAUCAUACACUGACGCUGCUAUAUAGAAACGAAUUCAAAUUUAGAAAACAGAAGAAAGAAAGCACACAUCACAAUCAGGUGAGGUGAAAAAAAAAGGUAACACAAAAUAAAACAAAUCGAUGCUAUUACGCAAUGAACGGCAGCAAAUCGGAACAGCCCGAAAAGGGACAUGGUUCGAACUAGAAAUUUAAUUACGGUGCAUAGUGUGUAGUGUAUAAUUUACGAUGAGAGUCUUAAACCCACGGCUAUCGCCAUCAACAACAAUUGGUUCCUGCGCGUAUCCGGCAGGAAUUUCGGAGGACAAUCUCGGUGCUGCACCGCUACCGUACAGCGUUGCUGUCCUCCAACACCAACACUCUUCACACAUCCGGAAGGAUGUUUGACCAUGCUGCCAAGAGUAUGUGAGAUACGAUGAUCCGGUGAAUGUAAUGGAUUUCGAACCUAGUACAUUUGAUGAACAAAUGAAGUUUAUAUUGAAUCCCACCACAAAGAGAGAGAGACAUGGAGUUGUAGCGUUACUUAUCCUUACCACAUCCACAAAAAAGCAUGCAAACCUACUAACAACUGACAGGAAAUACAGAGAACCAUAAGGCUUAUUGUGUAAUCUACUGUAAACAGAUUGAAAAAAAAACGAUCAACACGAAGCGAAAAGAUAGAUCGCGAUACCAGUUAAUCAUGGAAAUGAAUAAUGUUGAAAAACAAACACACGAAAGUUUUGGCAUUAUUUUUGUUUCCGGAUGCAAUUUUCUCUUUCACGUACGGCGAGCAAACGUUUGCAGCUCGCGAGAAUAAAAGCAAAUAAUAAAUAGAACCCCGAACAAGCUGCACUGUGCUUUACAAACGAAGAUGCAGAUUGUUCACAAACAGGCUCUAGAACCGUAGAUUUUACGGGGUUUAAACAGUUUAGAACUAAAUGUCAAUAUUUCGCUUCUGAAAGUUUAAAAUUUACUGCUACUUCUAAAUGUAUCCUAACAUUCCCCUGCAUUAUGUAUAUUAACCGUCAGAUCCGAAGGGGGGAAUAUGUUCGCAAAUGAAUAGAUUAUCCGCAAUCUGUUGAAAUUGAUCGAAACUAACAGAAUAUACACUUUAGAAAUGGGAGUAAAUUUUACCGUUUUUUGAGUGAUAUAUUGACACGCUUUUCUGACGUAUGAAAUCCGGUUAAUGCCACCACUUUCUACACCUAAGUAAACCGAUAAUGAGCGAGCUACGAGAUUGCCCGCUAGUUCGUUAACGAAUUGUUCGAACGAUUAUGGAACACCGUUUUACAACAAGAAAGCGUUUAUCGAAUGAAAAACGAUUCAUACAUCAUUAUCAUCCACAUUUUCCCAUUCUUGAUUGAUGUAUGUGUACGUGAAUGCUUCGUGACAAGCAUAUUUUUUUUCUCGCACGUUAGUCAAUCUAAAAAUGCGAAAGGAUUGGUAAAAGGAAAGAAAAGCUAGAAAAAAAAUGUCUCGAAAAUUUGUCGUUAAGACCACUAAAGAGGCCUAGAUACGGUUGCCACACGAAUCACUCUUUUCCCUCAACACCUGCCCUGUCUACCAAUUGGCCAAUCCUCCUUCUUUCACGCUCCCGUUUAAAUCUUUCCUAUCUCCAAGUCGAAACAAAAAAAAAGAUGAAAUCGAUAGCUUUACAUCACUUGUCCUUCAUAGCAGUGGCAUAUAGGCUAAUUCUACUGCUACUGCUAUCAAUAUUCUACAAAAACAAACUAUAACUCUAACUACUAUUACUACUAUUUCAACUAUAUUUAGAUAACUGAAAUGAUUGAAAUGAUAAGUAUAAUGAAAGGCCAUGCUUUAACACAACUAGUAAUGAGAGAAGACUACGCUUUUUCCAUCCGUCGGUGAACAGGGAAACUAAUUUUAUUCCUUUGCUUAUGUUCUAUCCUUUUAUAGCAAGUUGCUAUUGAUUUUCUCAUGUAGAGGUGUAUAUAUUUUUAUUUAUUUAUCGUUCCAUUCGUUCGAAGUACCUUCGUUGAUUAUUAUCAUCAAAAUAUCAUGAAGUUAUCGCUGUCUCUUCUUCUUAAAAGAUUAUUUUCAAGUUUCGUAACCCUUCAUCUCCCCUCACCAUUUGUAAUAUAGUUAUACAAUAAAAGAGCAAAUUCACGUAGAACGAUUACUGUAGCGAAAAGCAUUUUAAAAAGCAUAUUUAAAAUACAAAAAAAAAUCGAGUCGGCGCACGAUCACACCAAGGCUCCAGUAUUUCCCGUACUAACGGAACACAUAUAAAUAAUGCUACGAUUUAAAAUGAAAAAAAAAACCGAAUGAAAGGAUAACGAGAGCAAUUUUUUCCUUGCGUAAUGGAAAACUAGCAAGAACACACAUACACAAAUCAAUCGAUAAUGCAAAUAUUUUGUACUUAUUGUUUUCGUUAACCACAAUUUGCUGGGGUUAAUUGAACAGGUGGAUGGUUAUGAAAGCAAAAACAAAAGAUACGAGCGUUGAAGUCACAAACAAUACAUUAGACGAGGUACGUACGUGAUGGAGUUUGUAACGAUGUGCACGUGGUUUGCAGCCAUUUGAAACGAUAAUCUCGAUAAACAAACAGCCCUUGUCAUGGACAGGAAGAUGUUAUAGCGAAUUAAGGUUAUUAGUUGACUCGGUAUUUAGCAAAAACGUCAGCCUGCAGCGGUACGUCUACAUGCUUUUGCACUAUUGUACAUAUUGUAAAAUAAAAUCAGCAAGUGGGGAGACAAACUGGGAAAUAAGAAGCGAAAUAGAAUGGAACGCAGAGUAAAUUAGACAAUUAUUAUAAAUGAUCCAUGUAGAGAAAGACGCAGAAGGUAGACAGCGAGAGAGAAAAUAAAUCAACUAUUCGAAUAAAAGCUAGAGCGGAAGAAAACUCUGUAGAGAUUUAAUAGACAUAAUUGGGACACACGAUACAGCACGAAAGAGAAAUCUGAACCAAAAAGCAAUGGUGAGAUUAAAAAUGUGAGGAACUCUAGCAUAAUGCAGGCGUUCAAACCAAACAUGUGAGUUAGUAGAAAACGCAACGCAACUUCUCUCAACGACUCCAACGGCUAGGUUUUGUAUUGAAUGUGUGCGCCUAGAGGUGUGUAACACAUUCUUUCAAUCAACAACCAUUCUACGAGGCUAAGUGAGUGCUCAAAACGGGCCAAAUAGUGUUCAACCCGUCACUUUUAAACUAUGAUUGCAUACUUUCAAGCGCAAUCAACCCAAAACCCAAGCUAUCGACGAUUGCAUAGGCGAUGUAACAACACGUACGUCGAAAACGCAAAUUAUAAUUAUUUCGUAGCAUGGUGUGGUUGGUUUGUGUCAAAAUUUGCGUUUACCCUCUUAGUGUUCUUUAUCGGUUCGCUAUCAUCUAAAGAGGUUUUGGAUCUUUCUUCGUCGUAGCUGAAAGAAGCGGGUAGCCACCGGGUUAUAGAGCGUAGUAUAGUGCAAAACUGGUAGAACCUACUAAGGAUAUACAGAACAGAUAAGCAUGAACCUAACAAAUGAAUUACAAGCUGAAGAACUAAAACACAUCUUUGCUCGAAGUAACACAGACAGUUCAACCAACCAUAUUCAGCAGCUUAAUUGUAAACUUCGAAGCACAUUUGUAUGAGCGCAGUAGUAAUAGAAGUAGAGAGGUAGGAAAGGAAUUUGACAACUACUUGGCAGUGGAUUUAUUUUUCUAACAAAUCUAAAUAAUCGAUAUUUUAGGCAAGGAAAACUAAACACACACAAAACAAAUACUAAAACGAUCUAGUUAUGAAUAACCGUGAGUACUAAUUAUGCAAAACAUUCGACAAAUUUAUGAGUUCAAGAAUAAUGUUUGGUUGCCAUAUUGAUCCAUUCUGUUGUUUUGUUUCCUUCUUUUCUUUAAAAGUAUAAAAACAGGUAGUGAAGUAGACUUGCCUUAUUUAAAAUCGGUAUUAUUUUCUUUUUAAAGUAGGAAACACGUUUCACGUUGGUUUUUCAACUUCUAGUUUUGUUUUAUUUUUCAACCCAAGUGAAAGUAUGAAAUUAAAGUAUAAAUCGAAACGGCAAUCCACACGUUCUACCAAACCUCCUGCCCGUUCCCCCCACCCUCCCGAGUAAAGUGUGGUGCGGGAAAAAACAGUAAGAAUUUGUUUACUAGUCGCCUUAUCAAAAUGAGUAAAGAUAUGAAUGAAAAUAAACUUGUAAUGUACACAACGUAAAUGCUAAGACAAGAGAUAUCUUCUAGAUUUAAAAUUACAUUUCGAAAAAAAAAUGCAUCGCCAAUCGCUGCAUUCGCUGCUGUAAGUAGACAAAAGCAAACAUGAACAUGAAAGAAGAGAAUACAUUGCAAAACUAAAAACAAAACAAAAAAACAAAAAAAUAUAUAUAUACAUAUAAGAGCGCAAACCCACAUUUCUUUUUACUUGAUAGGGUGAUCGAAUGAAGGGUACGAAAUGUAAGAAGAUAAAUUAAAAAACAGAGACACUAAAAUGGAAAGAAACGGUUGAAACAUGGCAACAGGUGUAAUCCAUUAGCGAAGAUCGAAUGGAGAAACGAAAUAGAACAGUGCGUUCGACUAAUGGCGGAUGUCCGUUACAGUUUUGCGCAAUUAUCAAAAGAAGUGAAUGGAGACUUCGUGUUCAUAGCCUUUCGUAUUGCAAUAAUAGUAGAUGAAGGGAUAAAGAUAUAUUAAAACUUUUACUCGUUAUUUCGUUCCCGAUUUCGUCGAGAUCUGUACGUUUGUGGUACGGUGUAACGUCGCUUAAGCCAACUUGUUACUUGUUUUCAAUGUCCGAAUUAUUCUGCAGUUUCGUCUACCGCAGAUAAGUGGCCUGUGCUACCAGAAAAAACAUUCAUUUCGUUUUCUGUCUACCAUAGUUUUGCAACACGCAGUCAACCAAGCAGAUGUGUGUUAGUUCCUUAGAAUGCAUUAAUAAUUUUAAUUAAAACAGUUUAAUUGUAUGUUUGAGCAGAUGAGAGAAAGACAGAGAGAGACAACAAACAAAAUAUCACCAAAUUGUGUGAGAUAUGCAACGUACGAUCACAGAACUGUAGAUAUCUUAAAUAAAAUAUUUGCAAAAAUACGCAUUAUUAUGCAUUAAAAAAAUGGCGAAUGGGCCAGAAGGAAUACGUUUAUUGUACUUAUUAAGGCAGCCGGCGAAAGGAAAAUGAAAUAAAACUACAGACGAAAAAACACAUUGAUACAUACGCAGUUCACACAUACCAAAACACGAACAUAUAAAAAGGAUCAGGAUUACCCGAUAGUUAAAAUAGCACAUACCCGUUUUAAAAGCAAAAAGACAUACGAAAUUUACGACGUUAGAAAAAUUCAGAUAUAUUCAGUUGCUUUCUUUCGUCCAUCUUUCCUAGUGCGAACUUUCAAUGUGUAUGUGUGUUCAAUGAGAAGAAAAGAAAACAAUAUUUUUAAUUCGUUAUCGGUGUUGCUGGGUUUAGUUGAUUAGAUUGCAGGGCCUUUGUAAUUUAAUCGAUUCAAUUUUGAUUUACCUCCAGUUGAUUUACAAUAAAAUUUUGCGAUACACAUAAACUUCAGACACACACACACAUCUUUAUCACGUUUCACGCACCGUUUACUUCAUAUUUCAAAAAAAAAAUACAUUCUCAUCACAUUUGCACAAUCGUGAAAUAAAACUAAAUUUUCGCUCUCUCACAUUUACACACGCAUACAUUAGACACCAAGCAUAUGGGUGCCGCUCUUUUAAAAGAACAUAAAUGGCACCGGUUGUAAUGAGUAAGUGAAACACGAAAGCCCAACAAAAAGUAAAACGAAGUAUGUGUGUAAAAAAAUUUAUUUCAUACAACCGCGAGUACACCAACCACCUAAAAUAAUGCUAAACAGAAAAUUGAAACUCCUCCCAAAAGCUCCAAAUUUCGUUCGAAAGUCUAAAUCAAACAUACACAAUUAAACUAAAUCGAGCGAAGAAGGUGUCUCAGUGAAAUGAUGCGAAAAAAUGUGCAAAAGCAAGUGAGAAAAUGAAAUCCAAAACAUGCUCCUCGAAUGUUCCUCUUUGAAAGAUGGAUGCAUGGAAGGGAAAAAAGCAAAUCCAUACAGGAGAAAAUGAAAAUCGUACAGUAAGAUAAGGUAUUGAUUUUUGCAAUACUUCUUAUCACCUCAAGUGUAAACUUGUAAUUCAAAUAAACCAAACAAAAGGAAAGGGACAAAAUGGAAAUUUUACAUUAGAUCCUCACCCCACAGAGACUGAGGGUUGUUUUUGGAAACGCAAACGUUCGUUUUGUAUCACCCUUCUUCCCAUGUUGCAUCUUGUGGAUUGUGCACGGAUUUCGAUCGUUACAAUCAUUUGUCAACGGUGGCUCACGCUUUCGUACAUAUGCAAAACACGUACUACACACAUUCAAGUUCAGCUGCACCAUAUAACUUCAUGAUAACUUCUUAACGUAGAUAAAAAAGAAAUCGCAAACAAUGAAUGAGCAUGUUUUUGAAACUGAAACCUUCACCAAGACGCCCCACAUGCAACCAGAAACAUAUAACACCGAGAUCAGUGUUUCAAACAUGUAUAGAGAACAGGCUAAUUUUACUGUGCGGAAAAGAAAACCUACAAACAAAUAAUAAUCUCUCUCAAAUGUUACGCAAAUCAUUAAGUUCAGCAUUAAUGAACUCUCCUCCCGGUAGUGUAUGUUCCGCGGUAUGAUUUUGAGUAAUGCACGAUAGGACUAAAGAAAAGCUCUGUAGUUAUGUUGAACGGAAACACCUUUGACCUGCUGCUGGCGAGGUACUGCAAGUUGCGCAAAGUGUGUACUGAUACAAUUAAAUUCUAGCUCAGAAACGUAAAGGACGAAAUCAUAAGCAAGUUUUGUUGUGUUGUGCCGCAUAACAAACAGAACAAACGUAAGAACUCUCGUUACAAAGAAGAUAUUCGUUUCGUGUAGUGUGUUGAAUUAUUGAAGCAUGUUUAAUUGUUACACAGGAUCGACUUUGUACCAAUGGUCGUUUCGGUUUAUUGUCAAUCUAAGCGUUAUUAUUAUAAACAAAAAUGGCUAUACUUUACCCCCACCAUUUCACGAUACGAUGCAUUGCACUGUUUAUUUAUAUCACUAACCCAUUGUUGAUUAUCACUUAAGCUAUUAAACUAUGAUUAAAAUGGUUAUGUAGACGAUCAGAUUUAACAAUUGCGAUAAAACGACAGCUCUGUGGUGUUUUAUGGAAGUAUUGAUUGUGUUCCGUACGAUGCAUUAGACACUUGUUCAUUUCAAGCAUUACCAAACGGACAGAGUUGUGUUUUAACUAGCACUACAUUCAACAUGCAAUAACCGUGCAGAUGAAGGUGAACUGAUUUGAUUUGCCAACAAAAUAACAGAUAUACCGAUAGCGCCAUUUUGCAAUAUGCGCCAUGCUAUAUGCGAAAUGAAGGGCCGAAAGCGACAGUGAACUUGUAUGACAUAGCUCCAAAUCUAUCGUGCAAAUUUGAAACUCAAAAAGAUAAAACCGAUUUGUUGUACAUCGUAAAAAUCACUCAUAAAUGAAAAUCAUCCUAUACACUACCAUCCCUCCCACCCUAACCCCCUCACAAAAGCUGCUCUCUUCAGCGCAUAAGCACACCAACAUUAGGCAUUAAACGUAAACAUUAUACAACAAGCAACCAAGAAACAAAGCAAGGUAAAAGAAAGUAAUUCAUCCCUCUUAGAAUGGAACACGAUUUAAGGGUGCAAUAUGGAUGCAUACAAAAAAAAUAAACAAAUCGAAAAAAAGUGUCUGCAAGUGGGUUAGAAGCAUGCGUGUGUGUGUGUGUGCGUGCAAAAGAUGGAAAUGCGAGAACAAAAGAACGAACAAAAAGAAACAAAGCGAAAAAGAACCUAAAAUUAUAAAUAAACGACUCACGCACACACACCCACUCCCUCACUGGUAAAGCACGAUUGCUGCACGUACCAGAGAACGGUAUGAAUAGCUAAAGAAUAAAAUUUAAAAAAAUACACACAGGAGAUUAACACAAAAUAAAAAACAAAACUGUAGGAAAACAUUAACAAUUAACAAAAUGGAAUACAAGCAUCAAAACACGCAAACAUACACAGACACACUGACACUGGAAAAUGGAAGAAACAUGAAAUAAUAAAUUUAAAGAUAAAAAGAAAAUGAAACCAACAAACAAACAAACAAACAAACAAGCAAGAAAGAACAACAAGAGACGCAAAAUAGUAAACGAGACUAGUGGAACAUUGGAUGUAUUGUGGAUGAAUCCAUUGAAAGAAGGGAAAGAAAGCAGCGAGGGUGAAACCCUGUGAAAGAAAGGAAGAAGAAGCAGAAGAAAAAGGAGAAGAAGAAACUACCAGAUAUUGUUAUUAUGUAUAAUGUUUGACCAAUAAAACAAAAACCAGUUGAUUUAAAAUAA